AUGACUUCUCACAUUGACUCAAUGAAAAAUGGCUUUUUGGCCAUUCCAUUCAAGUUGAAUCCGUCGAAUAAAGUGAAAAGUGGACUGAAAAGACCUGGCGAUGAAGAAACGCAGACCAUAGCUAGGCCCCCUGCACACUACAUGUUUAUGAAAAAGCACCAAUCGAAGAGCGAACUCGAACAAAACUGCUUGUUUCUGGUCAACUUACCGCUCCUAACCCAUUUGGAGAAUUUGAAGAAGGGCCUGGCUCAGAUCUUCGAGCAGUCGGGGUCCGUAGCCCAUAUUUCACAGCUACUUUACCAUGAUGAAUUUGGUUUGAACGAUGUUGAUCUUUCUAGUCUGACGUCCGACCUGAUGUCGACGGACAGUCCUGAAGAAAAGCGGUUCACUCCUAGGAAUACCGCUCUACUGCAGUUUGUGGACUCUGCAAGUCUUGAAAACGCUUGGAGCUCUUUACGCAAAUAUUCACAACUAUCUGAGCCAUCAAAAUUAGCAAACUGGACCUUCGAAUCUCCAUCGAUGACCACCUUUGUCAAUUUUUAUAAGCCUUUGGAUUCAGAAUAUUUGAAAGAAGACAUAUACUCACAUAUGGCUCUGUUUGAGCAACGAGAACAGCAAGCCCAAGAGGAGGUCCAGUCAUCCAUCGUUGACGAGGACGGGUUCACUUUGGUGGUGGGCAAGAACACCAAGAAUUUGAACUCAAUCCGUAAAAAGAUUCUCAAUAAGAAUCCACUGCUCAAACAUGAAAAAGUGGUUAAACCCCCAACGAUGGUGGACAAAAAGGCUAAGCAAGAUUUCUAUAGAUUUCAGAUCAGAGAGAAAAAGAAACAGGAGAUUAGCGAGCUGCUGAAGAAGUUUAAGCAAGACCAAGAAAAGAUCAAAGAAAUGAAGAGCAAGAAGAAGUUCAACCCAUACGGAUGA